UUUCUUACAUGACCUCUCAAUUAUAAUAACUCAUUUGAUAAGAAAAUACUCGUCUAUAAUUUCGCGGCGAAGGUCUACAUUCUAUUUCACAUCUUGGUACCACCAGUUAUAUGCUUUUCGUAUUGUCCUAAGAUUCACCAUUUUUUAUUAGAAUAAAAGUACAGGUAGAAUGAAGUUUGGAAGAAGACAUGGAUCGGAUGAUGAUCAUUCCUCGGAUGAUGAUCAUUCCUCGGAUGAUAUGUGCAGUGAACACGUUACUCAUUGCUGCAAAUGCUACGAUAUCUCCCAAAUUUUUUCAUCCGAUACGAGACAGUCCACUUCGCUUACAAAGCAAUCUUUUGAGUGUGUGGAAACUGAUAUUUCGACGGAGCCAUCAGCGAGGUCUUCAUUGGCCUCUGAGUUUACAAACUCACCUUGCAUUAAAACAAGGGUCAAGUGGACAGCAGAUCUCCAUGACAAGUUUGUAGAGUCUGUGAAUCACCUUGGUGGCCCCAUGAAAGCGACACCAAAGCAGAUCUUGAAGCUGAUGAGAACACAUGAAUUGACCAUCUACCAAGUCAAGAGCCAUCUUCAGAAAUAUCGAACGCAAAAACAUGUUCAAAAUUCCAUACAAGGAACAAGUUUGAAAGAAGAGAAGAUUCAUCUGGAGGGUUCGGGAAUCACAGAGUUUAUAAGAUUGCAAGAUAAAGUGGGACAACAUCUUCAAGAACAACUAGAGAUCCAAAGAGAAUUAUACCUGUUAGUUGAAGAACAAAAUAAAAAACUCCACGAGAUGAUUACAUAUCAAAAACGAAAGAACUCGUAAAUACAGUAAAGUAAGAGUGGAACUUACAUGUAGUUACUUGCUAUCAUGAGUGAUAAGAAGAAGAAAAAUGUAGUAG